AUGAUAGCAUCUGCAGAGCGUGGUCCAACAAUAGUUCGUGAUUGUUGGAGUCGAGCCAUGUGGAUGGAUAUGGAUAAAAGUAUGUUCAGGAGAAUAAUUCAGAAAGGUAGUACAAAGAUCCAUUUAAUGGAUUUCAAAGUGAAACGUACGAAAGGUAUUCUGUACGCUUGCAACGGAUAUCUUUGUAAUGGUGUUGCUGUGAAAGUUCACGCUGUCGCGUUUGAUAUCAUUGUAUUAUUUCUUCCAUUCAUUGUGAUGCAUGUGCAAAUAAAUGUCAAAUAA